AUGGCGGAAGGCAACAGCAAACCCGAAAUUUCGUUUCGCGAAUACGUGUCUGCUCAUGGUCUUGAGGAGGUUCACAAACGACACGGUCGCAUAGACCUUGUUCCCCUUCCUUCAGACCUUCCCGAAGAUCCCCUUAACUGGUCUUCGCUGCGAAAAAACACUUUAUUAACUCUGGUGGCCUUCCACGCUUGCCUCGGGCCAUUCUCUGCGGCUUGUGCGACCUUACAGCUCCUGUUUGUAGUCCCCUCAUUUGAGCUGUUUGCCGUUGAAUUUGAGGUGUCGUUGACAAAAGCGUCGUAUAUCACGGCAGUGCCCAUUGUGUUCUUAGGCACCUUUCCAUUUCUCUGGGCACCCAUUAGUAGUCGAAUUGGCCGUCGACCAGUCUAUCUCGCCUCCAUGUUGAUUUCUGCUGCCAUGCAACUAGCCUCUGCGUAUUGCACCACCUUUGGAGCAUUAGUGACCUGCCGGGUCCUGGUUGCGAUCUUCAUUUGUCCUCCGCAGAGUAUCGGGGCGUCCACAGUCUCCGAAGUAUUUUUUGUUCACGAGAAAGGGCAAAAGAUGGGAGUGUGGGCAUUAAUGGUAUCUCUAGGGCCAACAAUUGCUCCACUUAUCAUGGGCCCACUCGUCUACCACACGGGACAAUGGCAGUGGACAUUCUAUCUACUUGCUAUGAUGAACUUUGCGCACUUUAUUUUGUACCUGUUCUUCUGCCCAGAAACAUUAUUUGACCGUCCCGUACGGUCAACCAAUCCCAAAUCCACAGCUACAAAUAUACAACAGCCAGCUAAUGCAACUGGAAAGUGGUACUCACCAUACACAUCUUUUCACUUGCACAGUAGAGAGCCGUGGAGCAAACUGCCUCUGGAUGUCGUCUCGCCUUUGCAAUAUAUCAUUAGGCCGAAUAUUUUGCUACCAAGCUUAGCAAACGCAAUCACAUUCACGUAUACCAACGUGCUUCUCACCGUCCAAAUACCUGCGCUUCUUGGGCAAAAAUAUCACCUCAAUACUCAACAAAUUGGAAUGCAAUUCAUUGCGCCAUUUCUUGGAGGGCUCUUGGGUGAGCCAUUUGCAGGAAUAGGGUCAGAUAAAUGGAUGCAAUAUCGUGUCAAAAGGGCAAACGGAAAAAGAGAAGUGGAAUGGAGACUUCCUUUUGCCAUCCCUGGGUUUUUCAUAGCAAUCCUUGGAUUGAUGGUUCUAGGAGUAUGCCUUCAAAAUACGCAGUCUGGGGUUUGGAAUAUCGCACCAGAUAUCGGGUCUGCCAUUGCCCUGUUCGGACAACAGAUUGUUACAACCGUUUGCACAACUUAUGCUAUUGAAUCCCAACCAGAACAUACCGGCCAAGCUGCUCUUCUAGUAGCAUUGAUACGACAAACUUAUGCCUUCACUGGUCCCUUUUACUUUACAGAUCAGUUUGAUGCUAUGGGCAUUGUGCGUGCAUGUGGACUCCUUUCCGGACUCAUUGCAAUCGGGAUGUCCUUUGUGCUUGCAUGCAUGGUAUUUGGUAAAUCAUGGCGCAAGACGGAAACUAGGAACGAGGACGAAAGAACGCCUGAUCGUAGAUCGUAA